AUGGCGGAUAGAGAUGCACUACCCAGACAAUUACUGCUCUUAUUUGUUUUACUACUAGCCAGAACAUGUUGGUGGAACGAAGUAUGCAAAGAAGAGUUUCAUAGCAAAUUCCGGUGUCGCUGUCCUAGAUGGUCUUACUGCCGAGCACCAGGAAAAUAUUAUGACGCUCAUUGCAGCAUAACACGUACCGGGUACAUCUGGACCCAGCCCGAAAUGUCUCUCGCGACCGAGGCCGAAAAAUAA